AUGGAGACCAAUGAAACGAUCCCGUUCGACAAGAAAUUCCCGAUCAUCCUAUCGGGGAGACACGAGAUAACCCAAAAACUGAUCCUGCAUUACCACGAGAAGUUCGGGCAUGCUUACAGGGAGACCGUGUUCAACGAACUUCGUCAGAAGUUUUGGAUCCAGAACGCACGUACAGCAAUUCGACGAGCAACCGAGACUUGCGUGUGGUGCAAUGUAAAUCGAUGUGUUCCGGCUGCUCCCAUGAUGGGACCGUUACCCGUCCAUCGUACCACUCUUCACCUACGGCCUUUCAGUGCGGUAGGAGUCGACUAUCUAGGACCAGUUGAGGUAAUCAUAGGUCGCAGAACGGAGAAAAGAUGGGUGGUGGUCUUCACAUGUAUGGCUGUGAGGGCCGUGCAUUUGGACGUGGUUUACAGUCUGAGCACGGAGUCCUGCCUGAUGGCCAUCAAACGGUUCUCGAGCAAGCGAGGCAUUCCCGACCACAUCUUUUCCGACAACGCCACGUGUUUCCACGGAGCGAACACCGUAAUGAAGAAGGAAAUUGAGAAGAUACAUAAAGAGUGUGCGGAAAGAGUCACUUCGUCCACCACAGCGUGGCAUUUCAACCCUCCCAGUACACCACACAUGGGCGGUGUCUGGGAGCGAAUGGUACGGUCGGUCAAAGAGGCACUGCGGGUCCUGGACGACGGGCGGAAGCUGACCGAUGAGAUUCUCAUCACGGCUUUGGCAGAAGCUGAGGAUAUGAUUAAUACCCGACCAUUAACUUACAUUCCACAGAAGUCCGCUGAUGAAGAAGCUAUAUCACCGAAUCACUUCAUAAGAGGAACGGUGACCAAGGAAGAUGCAGUUUUGGACAACCCAGAUCAAUACUAUGAAACCCUGCGCAACAUGUAUCAACGGUCGCGGUGCCUGGCCAGCAAGUUUUGGGAACGGUGGUCGCAGGAGUACUUGCCCACUCUCAAUCAUCGCCCGAAAUGGUUCGAGGAUAGGAAGCCUCUGGAGGUCGGAGAUCUGGUGUUCAUUGUGGAAGGAAAGAACCGGAAGCAGUGGAGACGAGGACGCGUACAAGAAGUCGUCAAGGGAGCAGAUGGAAGGAUCCGGCAAGCGGAUGUAAGGACGGCUGACGGCAAAGUGUAUCGACGAGGUGUGGCGAAUCUGGCGGUGAUGGAGAUACAGGAUGGUAAAUCCGGAAGGGCUGGAGGCUCUACCGGAUGUUACGGGCAGGGGACUGUUCACAUCACCGGGUAUUGA